AGGGGUGGGUAUAAGCGAUCCUCCUCCAAUCACGGCGGAGGUUGUUGGCUGAGGCGCCAGAGAACGUCUUGCCUUCCUCUCCUCCGUCCCUGUCGCCGAAGAUGGCGGCUGCUGUAGGGCCUGGCUUGGGCGCCGAGGAGCUGAGUUUGUUGGAGAAGUCCUUGGGCUUGAAGAAGGGGAACAAGUACAGCGGCCAAGGAGAGAGGAAGACUCCUGUGCUACAAGUGAACAAUGGCCCCAGUCUGACAGGACUGAUGACUAUAGCAAUCCAUCUAGUCAGACAAGCAAAGAAGGAACAGCUGCUUGGGAACACUGCAGAAGAGAAAGCAAUAGUUCAGCAGUGGUUAGAAUACAGAGUAACACAAGUAGAUAAGCAGUCCAGUAAAGAAGAUAUUAGAAUAAUUCUGAAGGACCUUAAUUCAUACCUUGAAGACAGAGUGUACAUUGCAGGAAACAAUUUCACUUUAGCGGAUAUUUUACUUUACUAUGGACUACACCAAAUCAUAGCUGACCUUACUGUGCAGGAGAAAGAGAAAUAUCUUAACGUGUCUCGUUGGUUUAAUCAUAUUCAGCAUUAUCCAGGUAUCCGGCAACAUCUGCCUAGCAUAGUCUUCAUCAAGAAUAGACUCUAUAAUAUACAUUAAGUACUGUGUUUGGGAUUUCUGAGAAAUGAAAACAGUCUCUUGAAACCACUAAUGUGCAAAUAUUGGUUUCUGUCAUUUCCAUAUGUGAAGCUGAACAGUUGGUGCCUAAAGGAACAAAGUUGCAUUGAGUAGCUAUCUAGAAAUAUGGACUUCAUUAAAAAAAUUGUUUUGGCAAAUUUCAACAAGUGAAAUGUGAAUCAAGCUUCUUAAUGUAGAACAUUUAUUUUAACCAUACAGACAUAUAGGAAUUUAGCUUUUCCUGUACGGACGCAUAUAAAAUUUCUGUAAUAUGCCAGCUGUGAUAUUGGUCAGAAUUGUAUCAUGCAUAAUACUCCCUUGUAUUUUUCUCCUAUGGAUGUUUACACUUGUUUUGUAAAAAGUUACUAUGAAAAACUAUAUUGUGCCAAUAAUUUUGAAACAGAAGCAAAAUGUAUUGGUAGCAAAUCAUAUUUAUGUGAUAAAUUAUUUUAAAACUC